UUUUGAAGAGCUUUUAUAAUACAAAAAGAUAUGUAAUAACUUGUGUUCGUACAUACUGACACGAUCAUUAAACAACUAGUGGCUAAAUAGCUUUUAAAAAUCUAUUGACUGCUUUGUACUCACAAAUAUGCCAUUUUCAGUUUCAAUCCAGUUAUAAGACAUUCUAUGACUCAUACCAACAGGAAAUAUAUAUGCAAAUUUGCAGUAUUGCUUGAGUAAAGGUUCUCAAUAUUAUCUAAGUCAAUCCUUGUACACAAAUACUCUGUACUUUAUUUACUUGUUUUCAUGUGAUGACAAAUACAGAUGUUAAAAAAAAGCGAAAUGCAGACUUGGUGCCAACAGAGAACUAAGUCCUUGAAAAGAUGACCCCCUCAACUUCUCUUAUUAUACUUAGCAAGUGAACAUCUUGCAAUGCUCAAUGACAAAAGAAAGUAAGCUUACUGUGUUUAAAUACCGUGGCCGGCCGUGGCCUGGUAUUCUGAACAAGCUCCUAGUAUUUUAUGUGUAUAACACGGCUAUGCAUAUCAGUACCUCUUAGCACUAGUUGCACUGAUUUCACGGUGAAUUCAAAAUUUUCGGCGAACGGGGGGGGUUACCUUCAGUGCUUUUCAUGAUUGAAGCAUUGGACAAAGCGUUUCUGUGCAGACUUUUCUCGGUCAGUUGCAACAGGAUGCAAGUGAUUACGAACAAAAUACACUAGAAUACACUUAUCAACGGACUGAGACUGUCUUUUUCCCUGAAAAUUUGACGGACUUUGUUUUUCAAAAGCUUUCGGAAGAGAUUCAAAGCAAAAUCGUAUAUUUCUGCAGCGUAAUUAACGAAUAUUCACUCCGCAGUCGAGAUGUUCACUCCACGCCAUCUUGACACAAAUGAUCAGAUUUUGAAUACCGCCUAUGAUGCUUAGCGAUGGUAGUGCGCACACCACCUGAUAAGAUCCUAAAUGCGUUUAAAAACACCUUUUCAGUGUUACUACUACACUGAAUUGGUUUAUAUUUUCUUUCUCUGUUUGUCGUUCCUUAGAGAGACAUUGUUUUGUUGUAUAAAAACGUUGAUGGAGGUGACUUUUUACUUUUAUGAAGAGCACAGAAAUUUAAAAACGUCCGUUUUCGAGGAUAUUUCGCGAUCUAGAAGGCUAAAAGUUAGGAAGACACUCGCUUUUUUCUGCUUUCUCUUUUUGUGACUAACAUACACAUACAGUAAGUUGCCUCUAAUUUUAGCCCUGGGCUUAAGAAUUGAAUAUUUUUUUUUUUGCCUUGCCGGUGUAGAUGGGCCUAUAACGGGGAAGUUUUAUACAUGUUCAUUGUUAUAAGUAGAGGUGGAGAGGGGGGAAGAGCUUAUAAGCGGCAGUUUACAGUAAAUUCUUCAGUCUAAUUGACCGUCCCUCAGUAUAGUGUACAAAGUAAAAAUAGUAUUCUCUCCUCUGCAUCUAACCGUUGCAAUUUUGGAGAUAACCUUAUUCUCUCUCUUUCUCUCAAUUCAGAAACGUGCUUUCCACCCUGGACUGAGUUCAAGAAACGUUGUUACUUGGUGAUAGAUGUGCUUUCGUACGGGUGGAAGGACGCUUAUGCUGCGUGCCGGUCCCUUAAUGGUUCGCAAAUGAUAACAAUAUUCUCGGAGGAAGAAAACCAUUUCGCCGCUAAUCUUGCUAAGGUAUUU